GCCAAGACGCGUAUGAGAUGUGAAUACAGGUGAAUUUUUGCCGUCUACAUACGUAAAUGAUUCACGUUAGGACACGUAAUAGUUUACUCUAAAACGUUGUGGCCCCGAUGGCCUUCCAUACGAAAUUCACCCCUCCUGUUCUGCGGUUGUAUUUGACGUGGCAGAGCCGCUUCCGCCAUGUUCGUUACUACGUCAGCGUCCACCGCUACUCUCCUAGCCUGCCAGCUGAGAGAAUCUUAAGCUAAAGCUUCCUCACAGGUCAUAGAUCCCCAAGGGUGCAAUGACAACUUUCCCUGAGUUUAUUCAGCAAAACGAAGACCGCGAUGGAGUGCGUUUCAGUUGGAACGUUUGGCCCUCCAGUCGACUGGAAGCCACGCGUAUGGUAGUGCCAGUGGCCUCCCUAUUCACCCCACUGAAAGAGCGUCCGGAUCUUCCCCCUAUUCAGUAUGAACCAGUCCUGUGUAGUCGUGCCACUUGUCGAGCUGUGCUCAAUCCUUUAUGCCAAGUGGAUUACAGAGCAAAACUAUGGGCUUGCAAUUUCUGUUAUCAGAGAAACCAAUUUCCACCAACUUAUGCUGGAAUAUCAGAGGUGAACCAACCAGCUGAACUUCUUCCACAGUUCUCCACUAUUGAAUAUGUAGUCCAGCGAGGUCCUCAGAUGCCUCUGAACUUUUUGUAUGUCGUGGACACAUGUAUGGAAGAUGAGGACCUGCAGGCUCUAAAGGAAUCUCUACAGAUGUCCCUGAGUUUGCUGCCCCCCACAGCUUUGGUUGGCCUAAUCACAUUUGGUCGCAUGGUCCAAGUGCACGAAUUGGGAUGUGAGGGCAUCUCGAAAAGCUAUGUUUUCAGAGGCACUAAAGACCUUAGUGCUAAGCAGAUACAGGAAAUGCUUGGUUUGAGCAAGCCAGCUGUGGCUCAGGCAGGACGUGGACCACAACAACCCCAAGCUCCUCCCUCAAACAGAUUUCUACAACCAGUGCAGAAGAUUGAUAUGAAUUUGACUGAUCUUUUGGGAGAGCUGCAGAAAGACCCAUGGCCCGUCACUCAAGGGAAACGGCCCCUCAGGUCAUUAGGAGUAGCGCUGUCCAUUGCUGUUGGACUGUUGGAGUGUACUUUUCCCAACACAGGGGCUCGGAUAAUGACCUUUAUUGGUGGUCCAGCCACCCAGGGUCCAGGCAUGGUGGUAGGAGAUGAGUUAAAGACACCCAUUCGGUCCUGGCACGACAUAGAGAAAGACAAUGCAAAGUUUAUGAAGAAAGCCACUAAACAUUAUGAGACUUUGGCAAACCGAGCUGCAGCUAAUGGUCACAUUAUUGACAUCUAUGCCUGUGCCCUGGACCAGACAGGACUGGCGGAAAUGAAGUGCUGCACCAAUUUCACAGGGGGUUACAUGGUGAUGGCAGACUCAUUCAACACAUCCCUGUUUAAGCAGACAUUCCAACGAGUUUUCAACAAGGAUGUGCAGGGUGCUUUCAAAAUGGCUUUUGCAGGAACUCUAGAGAUUAAGACAUCCAGGGAGAUUAAGAUAUCUGGUUCUAUUGGGCCAUGUGUCUCACUAAAUGCCAAAGGACCUUGUGUGUCGGAAAAUGAAAUAGGAACGGGUGGUACCUGCCAGUGGAAGAUCUGUGGUCUGGACGCUAACACUACAUUAGCAAUUUACUUCGAAGUCGUCAAUCAGCACAAUGCCCCAAUCCCACAGGGAGGCAGAGGGGCCAUACAGUAUGUGACCCAGUACCAGCACUCCAGUGGACAAAGGCGCAUCCGAGUCACCACCAUUGCCAGAAACUGGGCAGAUGCUCAGACGCAGAUUCAAAACAUCGCUGCGUCAUUCGAUCAGGAGGCCUCUGCCAUCCUUAUGGCCCGUCUGGCUGUUUACAGAGCAGAAUCAGAAGAAGGGCCAGAUGUUCUGCGCUGGCUUGACAGACAGCUUAUCCGCCUGUGUCAGAAAUUUGGAGAUUAUCACAAAGAUGACCCCAACUCAUUCCGUUUCUCUGAGACUUUCUCUCUGUAUCCACAGUUCAUGUUCCAUCUAAGGAGGUCUCCAUUCCUUCAAGUAUUCAACAACAGUCCAGAUGAGAGCUCUUACUACAGACACCAUUUUAUGAGACAGGAUCUGACUCAGUCUCUCAUCAUGAUUCAGCCCAUCCUGUAUGCUUACUCUUUCAACGGCCCUCCAGAGCCAGUACUGUUGGACAGCAGCAGCAUCCUGCCAGACAGAAUUCUCCUGAUGGACACAUUCUUUCAAAUACUCAUCUAUCAUGGAGAGACUGUGGCUCAGUGGCGGAAAUCAGGAUACCAGGACAUGCCUGAGUAUGAGAACUUUAAGCACCUGCUGCAGGCGCCAGUAGAUGAUGCCCAGGAGAUCCUGCACUCACGUUUUCCCAUGCCUCGCUACAUUGACACUGAGCAUGGAGGCAGCCAGGCUCGGUUCUUGCUGUCUAAAGUCAACCCUUCUCAGACCCAUAACAACAUGUAUGCAUGGGGCCAGGAGUCAGGUGCACCCAUCCUGACAGAUGACGUGAGUUUGCAGGUGUUUAUGGAUCACCUGAAGAAGCUGGCGGUGUCCAGUGCUGCCUAAGAGAUCACUCCCACAAUCAACCUGUCUCUUCAUCAGCCUAGUAACAUCCGUUGCAGCUCCUAAUUAGUGCUGGCUUCUUUUUUGCAUUUCUAUCAAUCCCAAGGUCUUUACAUGAGGAAAAGUUUUCUUAACUUUUAUAACACCUGAUCCAGCUCCUUAAAUUAGCAGAUCGUUUAAAUAAAAAAGUGUAUGGUAGUAGGUCGCCCGAACUGUUAAAUUCCAACGCUUUAUAUUAUAUGAGCUCUGCUGAAUGCCAGACAGUUUAUUUAGUAAUGAAUUUAAUAAAAAUGAGACGACUCCUUUUCAACAUGUCAUAUGCAGUAUCUUACAUGUCUUAAUAUCACAGCUGAAUUAUUUAAGUAAGCUUUUAAUGCCAGAUGACUGCUGUGAUGAAAGCCCAUUGUUAAGAGUUUAACAUAGCUUAUCUUCGGCUGUGCUACAUCGUCUUUGACAAAGGAACAUGGAAGCACUGUAACCGAAGCCUAUUAAAAUAGUUAUUGCUGCCACAAACCUUCAACUAAAGAUCUGUCUUAGUUUGUCAUAUAGGUUUUUUAGUCGAUGUCAUGCAGGAUUUAAAAUCCUAUUGAUAAACAUACUGGCCUGCAGAAAGCAAGAACUGCUCUGUUCCAUUUUGAUGUGAUGCUAUUUAUGCAUUAUUAGUGGUGAUAUCAAAUGUUUUACCUGAUGUUUCAAAUAAAACUCUGUCAUAUCAUCAUAUUAAAUAAAACUUAUUGUUGAUGUACCAAAAGAAUAUGCUUAAAUGUCAUUUCAUCACAGAUGGUGAUUUCAUCAGUGGAUCUAGAGUUUACCCAGAAACCCUGGUUGCAAGGUGGGAAUACAUCAUGGACAGUGCAAUGAUGUUUUGUACUAUAUACAUUAUAUGGCUGAAAGCAUUUGGAUACCUGACCAUGAACUGGACUACUCAUUUCAAAAGCAAAUGUUAUUAAAAUAGAGUGGCCUGUGGCUGAAACAUCAGUUCAGUAUUAGAAGAGAUGUCUCCUUUAUUUUUGUCCAUUUAGUGUAUAUAGUAAUUGUUAUUUAGUGGGAUUUCUCAAGUCCAAUCCAAGUUUCUAGUACACGAAGUUUGGUAAUAACAGCUCACGUAUUUAGUCAGUGUUAAUCCAGAAUGAAUUUGUUGGCAAAGGGAUAAUCUAAAUAAAUACAAAUUACCAAUUCUUUUUUUGUUCCCUGUAUUGUUGUUUAUCUCAGGAAACUGAUUAUUCCAAUUGGAUGGAAUCCUUGUUUGAGUAGUAUGUUUUGAGCAAGACUGUCAGGUCUUGGCUUUGAAUAGUUAAGAAAAUCUUAAAAACAUGCAAUGAGCUGUAUAACAAGUGAGUUGUUCCAUAUCGUGGUGUAUAGAUAAUUUUUUUUGGCUUAACAGGCUUGGCGCUUGGCCAGUAGUAACCUUUUUAAUAAUGUCCAUGCUGUGUUUCUAGCAUUUGAUUUGAUUGCAAUAUACUGUUUAGCAACCACAACCUGUACUUAGUUUCCUUGAUGUGUCCACUGAUCCUUUUUCAUACUUGUUCAUAAUGUAGUUAUUAUGUAACUAAAUCAUGUUACUCUUAAUUUUUUGCUUUCUGUUAUACAUAGACGAAUGCUGUCUUCACGCAAAAUUUUACUAAAGUUUUAUUUUUGCCUGUGA